AUGCGCCUGUUCCUAAUUCCGAUCUCGACAAAACGAGUCCUCGUAUAUGCUCGACCCCUUCGCAAGGAUUUAGCGAAAGAGCUGUCAAUCCUCGAUCGCAUCACAACAAAGGCGGCGGAAACAUGGGCGAAGUGGGAGGAAGCCGACAAAGGAUGGAAGAUGCACCUUGUUCGUUGGGGAAAUAGUGUCCAGCAACGGAUACCAUACGAAGAAUGGGCCCUCAAGAGCAUUCCUUCAUUCAAAACCCAGCAGCGCAUUAAUGGAGAUCAUGGAAAGACCAAAAUUGAUGUGCUAUUCCCUGGUAACGCGGUGCGGUUGGACCGAAUUCAGGAUGUGUUGCGCAAAAUCGCCACCGAGAGACAAGAGCUUCAUCGGAAGAAGAUGAUGUGGAGCUUGAUUGCUGCACCAAUUACAGCACCCCUUGGGUUGAUACCAGUGGUUCCGAAUAUUCCCUUUUUCUAUCUGGCAUACCGGGGCUGGUCCCACUGGCGCGCAUUGAAUGGCUCAAAACAUCUAGAACUUCUCGUUGAAAAGAACAUCCUCAACCCCAUCUCAUUACCGGAACUAGAACAGCUAUAUGCCAAACGCGCAUCUGGAACUAUCGAAGGCACUACGAACGAUACACCAUAUUCCGAAAUUGCCGACGGCAUCGAACAAAGUGAGGACCGGGUGCUGUUGAAGAUGACAGAUGCCAAGAAGUUGGCUGUGAUAUUGGAUGCACCGGAGCUUGCGCUGGAAGCCGAACGAGCUAUUAUUCAGGUCAGGGAGCAGCUUGAGGCACCAAAGAAAGCUAAACAACAGGAGAAAGAUGAGAAGAAGGAUUGA